AUGGAGAAACUUGAAAUCGUGGGUGGUAUUGAGAUCCCCCUCAAAAUGCCCGUCUCCCAGCAAUACCCUGUUGUCUUUUGCAUCGCGCCAAGUUCCCAAGAUUCCACCCUCAACUGGCCAGAUCUAAUAUUCCAAAUCCAUGUAUCUCGUUACUAUGGAGCACAUUUGCAUUUCUAUCUCACCAACGUUUCCAGUCCAAUUUACGAUUUUCUGAAAAUAUAUCAAAGUCAAAAAUACAUCACUUUGCAACCGUGGCUGAAAACCUCUAACUCUACGGAUGGUGCAGUCUACACGGACUGUCUGCUACAGUACAAAGAUGCGACGGAUUAUAUAGGGUUUAUGGGUCCCAAUGAGAUUUUGAUACCAUCUGGAGCGUCUUCAUAUUAUGAGGAAUUUAUGAGAGAGUUUGGAGGGAACGAUGAGAUUAGUAGCCUGAAGUAUGAGCAGUAUUUGUUGGAGGCGGAGAGGGUUAAUGUGAAUGGAAGGGGACCCGGCCAUAGGGUAACCAAGCGAGUGCACAAUGGAAUUUUUCGAUUGGAAAAUCAAAAAAUUGAUAAAAUGCUGAUCCAAAAUUUCGGUAUCCCCAAAGCAAUCCGUCGAGAUAUUCCAUUGCUAAGAAUAGAUCAAAUCGCCGAGGUUGAGAAGGAUUGGGAGAGAAUCCGAAACUCGUCAUCUGAAGUCUUCACACGUCUUCAAGCUUUUGCAAGUUGCUCACCAAAAAAUCCGGACAAAUACCCGGAAUGUUUGGGUUCCCAAGAUUCUCUUCUUUGCGGAAACCAUGAACAUGCCAUUGAUCUCAUAGAGAACACAUCCACGAUCCGCCUCCUCCACGUAGAAUCCAGCCUUGGCCAACGCGUCCAACAUGACUUCUUUGGUGAUGUAGAGGCACGUGAAUUUGCGGCCUCCAAAACUACACCAGGUCUCCUCGAAGACUCCUCCGUAGAUCAUGUAGCCGCCUGGCUUGACGGCGGCGCCGGUGUUCUUGAUGGCUGA